AUGGAAUAAAAUAAUAUGAAAGAAGCUAUCGAGAAUGAUGGUUAUUUUUCAUUCUAUUAUGAUUAAAUUAGUACUGAAGUAGAGGAGGAUGAAUUUGAAAUAGGGUAAUAAUAGAAUAUUAUUGUUUUAGAGUAAAACCUACAAGAAAAAUAUUCAAUUCUAGUCUUGAAAAAUAAUAGUUUAUAGAGGAGUAUACAAAAAAGAAGAAGACUGAAUUAUGUAAAAACUUUAUGCUCAAAGGUAGUUGUAAAUUUGGCUCAGAAGUAUAAUUUUUUAUUAAUAAUUAAGUGUUCAUAUGCUCAUGGAUAAUCUGAGCUCUUACCUAAAUCACAUCUUCAUUAAAACUACAAGACAAAACCAUGUAAAAACUUUCUAGAUAAUGGAUGGUGCAAUUAUGGAUCAAGAUGUUAAUAUAUACAUCCAGAUAAUUAAUUAAAUAAAAAUAAACUCAAAACAACAAAUUCUAAAAAUAAAUAAGUAUCAAAUUUGCAAAAGGAUUAAAAUAAAAAUUCUUCUUAACUGCAAGUAAAAUAAAAAGGUUAUCCUUCCUUGUAAAUUAAUAUGUUAUACUCGGAAUUACUAGAGAAACUUAAUUAUAGUUCAUAAAUGAGUCUCUAAAACUUACCUCGAUUAAGUUUUUUUAAAAGAUUAGGAAAGUCUAAAAUUUGCUUUUUGUCAGAUGAUUCUGAUCGUUGA